GACAACCACAACAGGAGAUAAUGUGCUCGCCCAUGGACCACAAGCCUCGCGUUUCCCGCAGGCAGAAGAUCCCGGGCAACCUGGUCAACAACUGGAAGAGCUCGGCGCCGCGGGGCGCGAAGCCGCUGGUCCGGAGGCCCAGGACGGCCUGCGAUCGGUGCCGCACCGCGAAGGUCAGGUGCUACGGGAACGGGCAGCACGACUGUGACCGCUGCGCCAGCCGGGGGCUUCCCUGCAGGUACAUAGAGCCGCCUCGGCCACUCAGCCCUGCGUCCUUGGGCAUCCCUUCGGCCCUCGUCGACGCGGGGAACCCGGAAGACAGCCACAGCCAGAUGGACUUUGGCGCCGACCACCUCAGUGAUGGUCAGUCCGCGAGUGACAGCGCCGCACUGCAGCAGCUGCUGGGGUCCUCGGUGGACCCGUCCAGCAUCGACCACGAGCAGACAGACAGCCCAGAGCAUCAGCAGCAGCAUCAGCAGCAGCAGCAACAGAUGGACUGGAGCGCGGUGGACCCGGCACUUGACUGGACGAUAGGGAUGAGCCCCGUAGCGGGUCUCGACCUGCCUGGGGGGUUUUCCAGCGACUCGACGACGCCACCCGACUCGAUGGGCGGCUCCGCCACCAACAUGGGCAUCACAACCCCUACAUCGGGACAGCAGGCAUCCUUGUCGAGCCUCGGCCUCCUACCUGUCAUCACCAGCACCAACGCCGCCGACCUCUCAUGGCAGAGCCAGCUGUUGUCACCGCAGGGCUGCCAGUGCCGCUCGGGGCUUGCGCUGCUCAUCCCCAACGCCAGGGCGGCGCUGCAGAAAAGGCGCCUCGACAGUGUCCUCCAGGUGACGAGCGACAUAGUCCAGCAGUGCCAGGGCAUGGUCACGUGUAAAAACUGCAGGGUUAACUGUACCGACCUGAUCUGCAUCAUGGCCGUGUUCCAGGAGGCGGACGUCUGCUUCGACUACAUUGCCAAGGGCGACAUCGACAGCUCGAUCAGCGUGAGCGUGGGGUUCUAUGACAUGGCGGCGGACGGCCGGGACGCCAUGCAGUGGAGGCAGAUGCUGGUGAUGCAGCUGUGGAGGCGGGCCAACAAGCUGCUGGACUCGAUCAGCGCGAGCGGCCAGGCCAUGCUGAGGGACCUGGACCCAGACUGCCGGCUGAGGAGGCUCAACAUCAAUUACCUACAGGCUGUCAUUGAGAACUCGAGGGACAACUUCAGCCGUGUAAUGAAAGAAUUCCAGGAACCUAAAAACGGCGAAGACGAGAGGGAGGAGACUGACUAG